AUGUACACAUAGGAUGACUAAACAACUACAUUUAUAAUAGCAAAAUUAAUUUAAUAUUUUAUAUAAUUUGAUUUACAAUUAAUACAUAUAAAUUUAUUAAUUACAUAUUAUUUAAUUCGGAAAAUAAAGAUAUAAUUAAGUAAUACCAGAGUAAGUAUAUAAAUAAACAAAGAAUGUACAAAUAAAAGUUAAUCAGGAAAACGGUACAUUUAAAUCAAAGAAAAAUAAUGGGAGAUUCAUUAGACUUUUUAACAAAGUAUCAUAAUAUAUCUAACAAACUUAGGAAACGGUUUUUAAGAAAACCAAAUGUUGCUGAAGCAAGUGAUCAAUUUGGGACAUUAGCAAUUGAAUGUGAACAAAAGGAAUUAUGGCAAUAUGCAGGUUUAUGUUUAUUAGAUGCUGCCAGGUGUCAAGAAACACUAGAGAAUAUCUUUUCCGAAUUAAAUUAUUUAAUAAAAGCUGGUCGAGAAUUUCUUGUGGCUGAUAAGAAAGACAAGGAUAUAGGAUGCCCUUCUAUAGGACAGGAAAAUACACAGGCAUCAAUAAGUUGUUUUGGUCAUGCUUUAGCACGUUGCCAUAAUCAACCAGGAUUCAAUACCAUGUCAGCUGGAUUAGCACUAGAGCUAGCAUUAGCCUUAGGUUCUACUCCAGCUGGUAUACAACAAUUACGUAAAGCUAUUGAUAUUUUUCCAACUAUAAAAGCUAUUAAUACAUUAGUAUCAUAUCAUAUUAAACAAGGUGAUUAUGUAUCUGCUUUACAAAUUCUAAAUGAUUUUGUUGAAUUUGUUGAGAGUUAUAUUAAUGCUGGUGCAAGAGGCAAUUAUAGUGUUAUAUUACACAGGUGUGAGGUAACUAGAGUGCUUUUAUUACUUAUACUUCAACCAUCACCACAAAGACUAGCACCUUCUCUAGCACAGGUGUUGGAAAAAUAUGCAUGGGUAGAAGAAAGUACGAAUAAUGAUUUUAAUAUGUGUGAAGACGAAUUAUUAUUGUUACAAUCAUUAGUAUUAGCAUGUCAGUCACAUGAUUAUCAAGCAUUGUUGGAACUAGAAGGUGAAUUGUGGACUUAUUUAAAUGCUGAACAAAAGGAGUUAUUACAUAAGUUAAUCCAAGUUUUAACAAUACAAUAAAUGGAUAUUGUUACAUUUCAUAUAUGUAUAUGAAUGAUUAAGGAAUUUAUUAAAUUUGUAAAUGACAUUUUUUAUUUAA